AUGGCCCGAUUUAAAGUUUUGAGAUUGGUUGUGUCCCAUGUUCAUCUCUACACAAAAUUAGAGGAGUUUGGCAAGAAUUAUGAUGCAUCUGUCAAAGCAAUAUUGGAACAAGACAUGAAAUGGCUUGCAUCAAAUGCCAGAAACCCAGUAGAUGAAGAUAGCAACAUCUCAUUAGAUGAAGACAGCGACAGUGACAACACUAACAGUGAGUGCUAGAGCCAGCAGAGUAAAAGCGAUGAUUCAGAGUCAGAUGAUUGCCCAACUGUUCCUGUUACAGUACAUGACCUACAACCAAGCCCAUCUUCCAAUGGCCAAAAGAUAACGAUUGACAACAUAGACUACAGAAAAGAAGUCCACUACAUGACUACAGACCAUCAAACAGAGGAUGUCCACUAUCUGACUGUCUCUGCUACAACAAACCGUGUGAAUGGAAAUCACCUUAGUAGUUUGACCCCGGUGGAUGGUUUGAAAGAAAUGUACAAUGGUUUGUGUAUCCCAAACCAUUUGGAACAAUCUGGUCAGAGGGAGAACUAUAUCAGUUUGGUAGAAAGAAUUAUUGUUAACAACGUUCCUUGUAUGAGUUUUCAAAGAUGUGGUUGUCCAACAUAUUCCCCACCAAUUCAGUGCCAAAGUUAGAUCUCUGACUGAAACUGUAAGUUUAUGAUACUGCUACAUAUCUGUAUUUACUUUUUGCAAGCCACAUUUCCGCGAAAAUGUAACAACAACUGGGCAAUUGUAUGGCUAAAUAUUUUGUCAUAUUUUAGCAUAUUAGUUGUUACCCAUUAAGGACAUUUUUUUCUUUGUCAUUUAUAUAUUUGUACAGUACAUGUAAUACACAACUUGGACCUUCUUUGGGAAUUUCUAUGGUUGUGUGAUUAUUUAAUUGUUCAUUGAGGUCUCAAAACUAUUUAUAACAUUAUUUUAUGGUUAACAGAAUUUUAGAGAGGAAAAAGUGACAGUGCUAACUGUUAAUAGACUUGUAGGAUAUUUUGCUAAGUAAUCAUGUAACUGCAGCCACAGAUUAGUGAAUUGCAGCUAACAAAAACUAUACAAAUUAGGAUUAAGUGUUUCUUAACAUGCAGCUACUGUCUGUGUCAGUCUGCAAAGUUAUUGCUUUUGCUUAUUGGUUGAAAUAUUUUCGUGAUACUUUUGGCCUGGAUAAUCGAACAAAAUUUCAACUUUAUUAUCCAUGCUUGCAGUCCGUCUUUGAAAUUUUCUAGACUGUGUUGCUGUCAACACAGCAACAACUAUUAUAUUUUCUCUGUACAUAUCAAUUUUAGACAUUCCUUGGUGUGCUAUUCCACAACGAGAAUAGUGCAGAUGGCAUGAAUGAAAUCCUAAAGGAGUUGCAUAAGUAUGUACCAUACCACGGCAAAGGAAUGAAGUGUGAAUAUGGAGACCAAGCCAUAGUUGGAGAUCAGCUCACUGUCGAACGUGGUGUCAAUUCCCACAACACCCUAACUAAUGGCUUCACACCAAAAGAUAGACUAGAGGGUCUGCAUUUUGAAAUGGCAGACUGGCACGGUGUUAACAAAUGCCUUGGGGUAUGAAUGUUUGUUCAUUACAUAGUAUUUCUAACAUUUUGAUGUACUGACAGUGAUUUCAGUGUGGUGGUAGAGUUGUGAGGUGUUGGAAGUUUUUACUUCUUUACCUGAAGCAUGACAGAGGAAGUACAAAGUACUCUGUUGAAGUCCUCUAUAUGAUGUUCCAGAUUAAUGCAAUUUUGUCACCAAGAUCAGCACAUCAACUGAUUUGGAACAGAUUUACAAAGUUGAGACCUGGUCAUGCCGGGCACAUCCCACUUGAUUUGAACCUAGAGUUCUACAACAAAACAGCCAAGCAAGCAAUCAAGAAACUUGGCUCAAAUGCACGUAGGAAGUCCAUUGACAGAAUUUGUCAUAGCAUUAAUGUGACCAAAGUUUUGAUGGAGAAUUUCGACAAAGAAGUUAAAACUUACAAGACCUCGGGGAAACAUGUAAGGAAGUCAGCAUUGAAAGACAUGAAAUUAGUUGUUGCAGAGCUCUUAGAUCAGCAGGCAUUGUCCAAUGUCCCAGGACGAUCCUACAGCUAUUAUGCAAAUAGCAAGUCAAGUAUUUUAGCUGGAUUUGACCUUGAAAAAAUGUACAAGUGGAUCAAUGAUCACAAAACGAACAUCACAACAGGACGGCGAGCAAGAUAA